AGAGGGCCGCUGCGCAAAGGCCAAAACGCCGGCACCAUGGGUAGGAGACGCGGCCGCCGGCGGGCAAUGAAAGCGCAGUGAUCGCAACGAAAGCACAUAGCUGCCCCGGCGACGAGUGAUCGAAACCGAAGCACAUAGCAUGAGGCAGCUGUGGGCAGCAGCCCUUGUCGCGACGGCGGCGGCCUUCGAGCUCGCGAGCUUCACCUAUUCCGCGGGCGAGGGCCUCAUCACGCUGACCUUCGACGAGGCCGUGCAGUCGCGGACGCUCAACGCCAGCGGCAUCGUGCUUAUGUCGAACGCGACGGCGGAGCGCGCGCCCAUGCAGCGGUUUAGGUUAAGGGGCGCGCACCCGACGCUGGGCCAGUUCUUGUAUACGACGCCCUACAACACGACGGAGACGCUGACGCUCGUCAUGCGCGACGACGAUUUACUGGAAGUCCAGGCCUUGUCCGAUCUGGCCGUCGACGCGAAGUCGGUCUGGCUCGUCGCGGAAGAAGGUCUAGCAAGGGCCGUGUCGGACAACGACCGCAGCGCUGCGAUUACCAAACCGCUGGAGGUCGAUACGUACGUGCCCGAUACGUUACAGAGCGAGAUGGAGCUGUAUACCAUCGACAUGCACGAGGGCUUGAUCUGCUUCAAGUUUUUGGAGCCGGUGGAUCGGUCCUCGCUGGACCUGUCGGGAGUCAUUCUCCAGACGGACGUUAAUGUGUUAGACGUGGACACCGGAUAUGAGUGUCGCAACGUCGACCAGGACUCGUGCGUGCAGUUGACACUGGUCAAUGAGGAGUCGAAAUUACUGGACAUCCCCUGCAAGCCCACGAACGUGUCCUCGACGAAUAAUGACAGCGUCACGACGUGGUCCGUGGUAUGCCUCAACACGACGACGGUCGAGGAUUCGCUCUGGCUGAAUGUGUCACUAGGUCCAAAAAACUUGAACGCCAUCAAGGCGGCCUACCCGCUCGGCUCGCAAGCGCAUCUGACGAAUCUCGCGUUAUCUUCACCCAUAGCCAAUGAUAGGGGAGGCAACGCGUUCCUGACCAUCAGUCUGCGGCCCGAGAUGGCGUUAACGCCAGAAAGCUGGAUCGGCGACCAGAAUCGGCCCAUUCUCGUCUCAUUCGCGGUGGACAUGGACUCGGGUCAAAUUGAUUUAACCUUUAACGAGACGGUGAACGCGAACGAACUGGAUGUCACUUGUGUCUCAUUGCACGAGACGCGGGACAACCGGACGGGCGGGUUGUUCCACUACCUAAGGUCGUAUGGGCCCCAAGGGGCGCGGACGAAGGGUAGCCUUGUGUCGACUGGUGACGGUCCCACGCUGAUUAUACAGAUGUCGCGCGAGGAUUCGGAUGAGAUCAAACGCAAGCCGAGACUACUCACGGGCAGAGAUACGUCUUUCGUAGCGUUGGACUGCGACGAGACGUAUCGAGACAACGCCUUCCCCGUGAAUUUCGGGAUACGACGCUCGCGCGUCGAUGCGUUACAGGCCGAGGUCUUUGUCCCGGACACCACGCGACCGGUCCUAACGUCCGCAUCCCUGGAUCUGGACGUCAAAAUUCUCACGUUAGAGUUCGACGAGACGGUCAACGCCUCUUCACUCAUCGUCGACUACCUACAAGUGCAGUCGACCGAACGAGACUUGAGUUACACGGAAAGAGUGCAGUUGGAGUCCUACGUCACGGCCGGCGACAUCAGGCACGACCGGAUGUCUAGACGAGGCUCGGGACGAAUCAGCCCGGCGGGCUCGAACGUUUCCAUUGCUAUUGGUGAUAGGGACUUUGCCGCGAUGAAGCUCGCGACGACUUUCGGGAGUGACGCGACGUCGACCUUCGUCGCUGCCCUAGGCGGCGCGGUCCUCGACAUGAACGGCAACAAGCUCACGGAAGUGCCGCUGUCAAAAGCGGUCGCCGCGACGAAUGGCGUCUUUCGCGACAACCAGCCACCUUCGCUCGCGAGCUUCGCGCUGGAUCUGGAUUCGGGGGUCUUCGCGUUGCAGUUCGACGAGCCCGUGACACGAGCGUCACUCGAUAUGACGAAGUGCACGCUGGCCGCGGCCGACAACGAAGACUCCGAGAGGGUUUUAUUUACGAACACGCACGAGUUCCUUGAAAGUACAGAUAUCGAUGCGCGGCGCGUUCGAAACUUACUCAGGCUGGACUUCGACCCCGUGACGGAUGGCAUGGGUUCGGAAGUGCUGUAUGUCAAACUCAGUCAAAAGGACCUAAACAACCUAAAAAUCGCCGAAACGCUAGCGGUCGACAUCCAAUCGACGAAGUGGCUCAGCGAAUUGGGAUGGGUUGCAGAUAGUGUCACCGCGAACCCGUCGCCCUCCGUGACGUACGAGACCGCAAGAAACUUUUCAACGGACGUGACGUCUCCCCUGUUAACGGGCGGCACCGUCGACUUAGAUGCCGCGAUCUUAACGUUGCAGGCGGACGAGCCCGUGCGCGGUGCCAGUGCGAACGCUUCGUACUUCCGUAUUAGUUCAAGAGCGGACGGCUCGGGGCACACCGUGGACGUCGACGCCGACACUCUACUGUCGCCAGACGCGAAAGAUGCGACCUCACUGAAUUUCAGACUGGACUGCUUUACACUAGAUCAACUAAAGUUGUGGGGCCCGCACCAGGCCUUCCUGAGCCACCAGCCUUUCCGCUAUGAAUACGGAGGCGGUCUGACGGACAUGUACGGCAACACUCUGGCUGUCGUGAAUGGUUCUAAAAACACGUCACUCCCAGCUACCGUCGUCGCCGACUUCACGUCCCCUUCGCUCAUUGGUUUUGACUUCGGCGCGAACAUCACGUUGAGGUUCGACGAGCCCGUCGAUCCCGUCUCGUUGCGGGACAUGGACGAAAGUUGGUACCUCCAGAAACGAGCCGAUAGUAUGUCGGGCUUCCAGUCCAUUAGGAUCGCGUCUCAUACGACACCGUCUCGCACCUUAGAAGCCGGCGUCGGGCGCUACGCGAUGGCUCUCAUCGAUGCGGACACGCAGUUCGGCACGCAGCCCGCGGAUACGUUCUUGCGACCGGUCGUGGCCGCGGCAGCUUUGGAUAUCGCCGGGAACCCGCUCGAGAGCAUACCUGAUGGCUCCGCGUUGCAGCUCGGGCCUCGAGUGUUAUCUUUUGAGCUCGACAUGGAUGCGGGAGUUUUAGUGUUACAGUUCUCGGAGCCCAUUGACACGACGACGUUCGACGCGUCCAAAUUUGGUUUACAAGCUCAAAGCUCAGUAUUAGCGCUGACGGAGACGUUAUCGCUGAGCGCGGGAACGUCGAUCGAACAUCGCACGGGGCCCUGCGAGCCUUCAGCCAAAUUAACUUUGACGGAAGAUGAUGUCGAAGAUCUGCGAUUCAUGACCGCGUUAACACGAGGCACCGGUCAAACGUACCUCACGGCACUAGCAGAUGCCGCGGUCGACAAAGAUGUCGCCCCAUACCUCGAAGCCAAUGCUCUCAUCCAAAUACCCACGUCGAAAGGACUAGUCGCCGCCAACGUCUACCCCGACGAAACGCAGCCCAAGUUCAUGAAUUGUGAAUUAGAUAUGGACUCGAACCUACUCACGCUAAAAUUCGACGAGCCGGUGCGAGCGUUGUCCUUCGAUCCUGCAAGGGUGGAAUUGCGGGAUGCGCAUGCGACGGAGAACAAGACGGAGUUCGUUGUGUUAUCAUCCGGCUCGACAUCGUCCACAGAUGCUUAUCAUUUACGGGUCGAGCUAGGAGAAAGGGAUGUGUUCGCGAUCAAGUCGCGGCCGCCGUUAGGACAGACUCGCAAUUCAACCUACUGUGGCGUGCGAUCGGGCACGGUGCUGGACUGCGGCGCUGGUACGACAGAAGAAGGCAACAGGAACGUCGCUGGAACAAGGCAAGCAAUGAAAGUAUUGCCUGACGUGACGCCGCCGGACUUGAAGAAGUUCGACAUGGACUUGGAUGCGAACGCCUUGGUCUUGACCUUCGACGAGCCCGUCAAUGUGUCCUCCAUCGAUCCGACGGUAAGAGACGUGUACCUCCACGCGGGACCCGAAGAAGAUGAUGCGUAUGUGACGCUGGGGUGUUCCAAGAUCGAGCCGUCGACACUCACCUGGAACGCGACGGUGUCCAUACUCUUAUGUCAACGGGACUUCAACGCGAUAUUUGCGACGCCCGCGCUCUGCCGCCGGACGGACUCGUGCUACAUGUCCCAUGUUUUUGGUUUGGCUGCUGACAGUGCGAAGCCGCCGAACGAAGCCCGAGCACGCUCACUAGACUACGCUUUACAAGCCUCAGCUAUAUUGCCAGAUGUCACACCCCCAAUUGUGACGUCCUUUGGUCUGGAUAUGGACCAGGGCCUACUCAGUUUCGAGUUUGAUGAAGUGGUCCACUUGCCCUCCUUCGACGUGUCGACGAUCACGCUACAAUCCGCGCGGUUCAACGACUUCGUCGGGAGUAGAACGUUAUCCGCAGAUAACGGCACGGAGUGUUUUUAUGAGGAGGUGAACGCGACCUACGCCUCCGUACGGUUAGGCCGAGACGACCUGGAUGCCGUCAAAGCCUUGGCCGGUGUAGGACUCGCUCUGGACGCGGAAACGACAUUUUUGUCGCAUGAGGUCGGUCUCGUGCAAGACGUGUCGGGCAACCCAUCUGAUGAACUCCAGUCCUACAAGGGCAUGGGGCCCGCCAACAACUUCACACGUGACAGUACACCGCCCAAACUACUCAGUUUACAAAAGAUCAGUAUGACGAAGAAGAUACUGUAUGCGAUCUUCGACGAGCCCGUAGACCAUGAGGGAUUCAAUAGAUCCCACUGGUUCUUAUCGAGAACGCAGACGGGCGGUCAUUAUUCGUUGGGGGACGAUCCUACCGUCGAAGUCAUCGAUCCUUUCACGGAGGAAGACGGGGGCGUGUUAGCCGACGAUAAAGCCCCAUACUCGUCGAUCCUAGCGUUGCGGUUGGGCGACGCCUACGACGGCAUGCCCGUCGCGGACCAGCCCGUGACCUUCUUGGCGCUGGACGACUGGGCCGUCAGUGACACGGCGCUCAAGAAGCAGAAUCCACUGGUCGGGGACGAGCAGUACGCUUCGAUCUAUCAUCCGGGCACGGGUGGGCGACGAGCGACGAUGCUCGGGCCCCAAUUGGAGGCCUUUGCGUUGGAUAUGAACGCCCUUAGUCUCACUUUACAAUUCACGUCGCCUAUCCUCGCAAACCAUACGUCACUAGAUUUAUCGAAGUUCACGCUGCAAGCGGCUUCUGACGCCACAAAGGAGUAUGAGACGGGCGUCCCGACCGCUUCCGUGACACUGUCGUCUUCGUCAAAAGCCUAUGCUGCUGUUAAAUUACCAAGGACCGAAGCGAAACUCCUCAAAUCGCAGUUGCUGGAUGCGCCGGAGUAUCCCUUGGACUCCGACGGUGACGUCGCGGUGAGGUGCUCAUUAUCACAGGACGACGCCUGGAAGCUCCAACGAGCGUCGCAGUUGCUGGCCAAGCAUGCCUCGAAAACAUAUGCGUCGAUCACCUCAUCAUUGGGUGGGUCGGACUCCGACUCGUCCCUCGUGGGUGAUCCUACGUAUCUCGUUUCAGUCCCAACGGAUCGGGGCACGUCACUCGACGAGGACGCCUUCCGACGAGAUUCUACAAGACCUUCUUUGACCCAAUAUGCUUUGGAUUUAGAUGGUGGUAUUCUGGAGCUCGAGUUCGACGAACCGGUCGUGGGCGAGACGAUGAACGUCUCGGCCAUCACGCUGAAGACGGCGCAGACGUGGCCGUACGAAUCUGUGACACUGUCAGCCAAUAGUAGGGUCGUAAAGACGGACCCCGGCGGAAGGUACGACCAGUGCGGCGAUAGUGCGGGAAACAGGUCGAAGGCCUGCGACUACGCGCGUAUUUUGCUCCAUGCGAAUGAUUUUGAUCGGGUCCGAGCCGCGAGAGCCGGGGAAUGGCUCGAUAUAAGUAGAAAGGCCGCCGAGGACGCCUUCGGGAACAACGUGAAUGUACUUUCUGAAAGUACAUCAUUGGGCGUGGGCACGUUCACCAAGGACGCUACCCCUCCACAAUUGACGUCCUUUCUGUUGGACAUUGACGGCGACGGCAAAUUACAUUUGAAUUUCAGUGAACCGGUGGACCCGACGUCCUGGGACGUCUCCAAAGUUGAAUUACGAUCCACGUCGGGAGCUACCGAUUUGAGUGAUGGGAAGGCCUACCAGCUCACCCAGGCUUCGUCGUCGCAGACGGCCGGCGUGACCACUUUGGAGUUGCGAUUGGGCGGCGACUUAGUCGCGUUGAAGCGCGCCAUCGCCGGCGAGGGCAUCGGUUCUAUUGGUGCCGCACCUUCAUCAACCUUUCUGGCGGCGUCCAGUGGCUACGUGACGGACUUGGCGUUCCCCGGAAACCCGAACGACGCCGCCCCCGUGCAGAUGGCGGCGUCGUCGACGGUCAACGACUUGACGGGUCCGAGGCUCGCCUCCUUCGAGCUCAACUUGGAGGACGGGACCCUCGAACUGUUCUUCAACGAACCGAUCCGCGUCGCCCUAUCAGGCACGGCCGAGUUCAACGCGUCUUCCUUGAUAUUAAGGUCGGACGAUAUGGUGGCACCAGUACGAUUAACGACGGCAGCGUCCGGUGCGGCCAUGGUGUUUGAUUGCCAGGCUCGCGUGAAUCUGAGCACGGCGGACAAAAAUGCGUUAUCAGCAGCGAAGAUCGGUGGUGACUACGGCGCACAGUUGCAACAUCUCGGCGGGGUCCUGAAGGACGUGGUCGGAGGCAACGAUGCCUUGGUAGGGUGCGGGCCGCCCGGCGGCGUCAAGGGCGACGGCUCGUUCAACUUCGAGAACGGCCGUUCAGGACUGGGCGAAGCGUCCGCACUCCCGGAGGGGCCCGUGCCCGUGGAACAGAUUCUGGAUCUGGAGGCGGGGACCCUCAAGAUCUCGUUCUUCCACGACGUGCGGAUGAGCAAGCAAGUGAACGUGACCGCGGUGACCGUCGCCGCCGCCGACGAAGCGGACGCUUUUUCCUAUCGCCUGACCGGAGGCACCUAUGCCGUAGAUGCGGCGUAUGACGGCGCCGGCGAGGCGAUUAUUACCCUUACUUUAUCGAAGGAGGAUAUCGACGGUAUUAAGUUGGCCGAUGCCAAACCUGGCAUCAUGCCCCUCGCGACGUCUGUCAGUACAACCAUCGUCGGCUUAGACUCAUCCUUCAUCUGGUCGUCGACGGGGAAGCAAAACGUGCCGCGACUACCGGGGGAUACGCUGAUCGGCGGCGUGCCUUGUCGAACCAUCACGACGGAUAGUACGCGACCUACCGUGUCGUCCUACGCUCUGGACAUGGAUGCUGGCACAUUAACACUACAGUGGGACGAGCCGGUCCGAGCGUCCGAAAGUGUCGUGACACUCGUGGAAGUGAGAAAAUCUGCUUCCGCUUCCCUGGAUAUCAUGACCCUGACCUCGACGACAAGGCCCAAGGAGGGCGGCGCAUCUUCAAAAGUCACGUUCCUCCUAUCGAGGGAGGAUCUCGAUGAAUUGAAGCGGAUAGACGGCUUGGCUUCGAACCAAAGUACCUCGUACAUCUACUUUCCCGCCUUUACGUUCCUCGAUAGGAGUGUGGAGGAGAAUACCGCUGCAGCAACGAUAAGUCAGGUUUCGACGUAUGUGGCCGACACGACCGUACCUAACUUGGACGGCUACACGCUAGAUAUCGAAGCUAGAACGCUCACCUUACACUUCAACGAACCUGUUAUUAUAUCGAGUUUCAACGCGUCGUGCAUCCAACUCCAGGAAGACCUGAAGAGUACGGAUGGGCAGUACCAUAGGUUGGUCGAUUCCUACGCGGUCGACACGUCGUUGCACGAUUCGAGUGCGGUGGCAGACCUCGAAAUUGCUUUUAGUGAUUACGACUACGACACGAUCAACGGUCUCAGCCGCCUAGCAAAAGUAGAAAGCGCCGUGAGGAUGACGAUGGACUCCUGCGCGGCAUUGGACGUGGCGGGCAACAAGGUCGACCCCAUCAUCGACCGGGCCGCGCGAUCGUCCAUAGCCUUUCGGCCCGAUGCGACGAAUCCCGAGCUUUUGAGAUUUACUAUUGAUAUGGACGAGGGUACUGUUACGAUGAACUUUACCGAGCCCGUAUUCUACGGGUACGUCGACGCGACGAAGUUUACCUUACAUUCCGCCGAUGAAGGUGGUACUUCUGUAACGUUGUCGGAGGCUACUACCCAAAAGACGCUCGAUUCAUUAAGUUCUUUUUAUUACUACGAUGGUAGAGCAGAGGAAGGUAGGGUCGACUACUACGGCUAUGGUGGCGAGUUAACCUUGGUGUUGCACUCCGACGACCUGGACGCCAUCAAAGCGUCAGAUAUUGCGGUAGAUGCGUCGUCCACGUACCUAACGGCGCAAGCGGGCGGCGUCGGCGACAUGACCGGAAAUACGCUGGAUCCUACUUUAUUAAGAAAACCUUCGGCGUCGUACCUGCCCGACGUGACGCCGCCUACUUUAUCUUCCUUUGAUCUAGACUUGGAUGAGGGUUUGUUGCAUAUAGAAUUUGGGGAGUCAGUAGACGAGGACACGCUCGACUUGUCCAAAAUCCUACUGACGCCGGACGGCUACGCCUGGGAGGUGGGCACGAACAAGGAGAAGGGCACGAAUCUCGUGGGCGGCGCGAAGCGCACGGAGUUCGCCGCGCAAGGUGUUGACGUCGAUCGGGGCAAUGGGACGUUGAGUGCGCAGGUCUACGUGGACUUGGGCGAAACGAAUCUCGACGCCUUGAAAGUCGCGGGCGUCGGUGUGGAUGGCACAGCUUACCUCUCGGCGGACGAGGGCGCUAUCUAUGACAUGGCGUCCUUACCUCUCGUGCGUGUCAGUACGGCCGACUUCGAGGGCGGCAACCCCGUGAAAGCUAGACUAUUAACAAAGGACGUGACCGGUCCUUCUUUAUUAAGAGCUAAUUUUGCCGGAGACGACCUGGUGCUAGACUUCGACGAGCCCGUGGUCGUGUCCGACGCGAUACCGCGCUUGGUCUCGAUUGUGGAUGAGGACGGCGAGGGCGACCCGCUGGACGCUCUCGUCCCUGUCUCCGGAGCAAGGCGCGGGAGGAACGCCAAGCGACGCGUUAUUUUGGAUUUGAAGGAUAGGUGCUCGGCGGACGAGGUCUGUCGCAUCAAGAUCCUACAGAACGCGACCAAUACCACAGAAGCGAACACGACGCUGGUCUGCACGCAGCCCGCCUGCGACGUCGAGAAGGCGUUCGAGAUAUCACAACGGUCGGAUUUGUAUGUUACAGUAGGUGCGGGCUUCGUCCGCGACCACUUCGGAAAUCCCAGCGAAGGCAACACGGGCCUGAAGGAGCGGGACCCCGUCUGUGACUGUAAGAGCGGGACCUUCGUGCAAACGCCGUGCACGGACCGCAUCGACGUCAUGUGUUCCGAGUGUUCUACGGAGUGUCCCGCGGGGCAAUAUAAAGUGUCAGAGUGCGACACGCACUCGGAUAUCGGGUGUUUACCUUGUAGAAGUUGCCAGACGCCGUACUUCGUGGACGGCGGGUGUGCCGGUUCGACGGACACGAUCUGCUCGGAAUGCACGCCCUGCGGUCCCUUGGAGUACGAAGUUUCACCGUGCACGGCGGGCAUCAACCGCGUCUGUAAAUCCUGCGAAGAUAACAGCGAGUGCAUUGAAGUCACGCCGGUGUGUGAAAACACGCCCGCGAAGUGGUGGCGCAAGAUGAACUGCUGCUACGACAACGACGGCGUCCAGCUGCCGUGCAACCAAAUCACGGAGGCGAACACGCGCAUCUCGAAGCGCAACUCGCGCGAGCACUGGGUCUUCGGCCGGACCGUGCCGCAGGUCGAGGACGGCUUCGCGCUCGGCGACGCGUCGACGAGCUAACACUUUGUGUAUCUA